AUGGCCGCCAUAACCAAAAUCGAAGUUCCCCAACUGAAACACCUCGCCUCCGGCAAAGUCCGCGAAAUCUUCGAAAUCGACUCCUCCACUCUGCUCUUCGUCGCAACAGACCGCAUCUCCGCCUACGACGUCAUCCUCGACAACGGCAUCCCCUCCAAAGGCGCCCUCCUAACCCAACUCUCCGCCCACUGGUUCGCCCUCAUCACCAAACACUUCCCUACCCUUCGCACACACCUUCUCUCAACCACCCUGCCCCCCAACCUCGACCUCCCCACCUCCCUCUCCUCCCGCUCCAUGCUCGUACGCCGCACCCCGGUCCUGCCCCUCGAGUCCAUCGUCCGCGGCUACAUCACCGGCAGCGCAUGGUCCGAGUACCAGAAAUUCGGAACCGUGCACGGAAUGCCCAUGCCCUCUGGCCUGCAGGAGUCGCAAAAACUCGACCGUCCGAUCUGGACGCCCAGCACAAAAGCCGAGCAGGGCGACCACGAUGAGAACAUCUCCCGCUCUCGAGCCGUCGAAAUCGUCGGCCUCGACGUCGCUUCGCGGAUGGAGGAACUCUCCCUGGGGAUCUACUCGAUGGCGCACGAGCAUGCCCUCAAAUCGGGUGUCAUCAUCGCGGACACGAAAUUCGAGUUUGGUCUCGAUUCGGAGACGAAGGAAUUGGUGUUGAUUGAUGAGGUGCUCACGCCGGAUAGUUCGAGGUUUUGGCCGAAGGAUGAGUAUCAGGUUGGAAAGGGGCAGAAGUCGUAUGAUAAGCAGUAUUUGAGGGAUUGGUUGACGAGGGAGGGGUUGAAGGGGAAGCAGGGGGUGGCGAUGCCGGAGGAGGUGGUGAGAGAGACGGGGGAGAAGUAUCGAGAGGCAUUUGAGAGGAUUACGGGGAGGGAGUGGAAGGACGAGGCGUAA